GAGAAGGGAGAGGCCUCCUUCUGAGGGGCGGCUUGACGCCGGUGGAGGGAAGCGGGCCGAGGCUCUGUGAGGAGUCAAGGUGAGGUGCUGAGGGAAGACUGAGGAUGCCCCCACCCCAGAUAGAGGACCCGAAAGAACCAAGUGCCGUCUCUGCUCCCAGCCCUGGACCACCCGGGGGCCGAUCUGGGGCUGACUUGUGAGGCUGGGCCGACCCCCUCCCUCCGCCGCUCAAGCUGCUGGGCACUCUGGAGUGAGAGCUUGGUGUGACCAGGGCAGGGCUGGUUAGGAGAGGGCAGGGCCCAGGCUCUGCCGGGCAUCACGGUCAGGACCCUGAGGGAGGGCUGGGCCCCCCCAACCCAACCAUGACCUACAGCCCCAGGUUCCCCAGCCCCAUCCGCAGCUCCACUCUACACCCCACCCCACCCCACCCCACCCCAAACUCCACCCCACCUCCCAACUCUCCCGCGGCAGAAUCUGGUUCCGCCCCUGUUGUCAACCCAGGGAAGCCCCAGGUGCCCGGAUGUACGGCCAGUGACUCCCACACUGGGGCUCAGAGAGUAGCUGGGGCCUCGCUGUGAGGGGCGGGUCGAUAUCGGCGGAGGGAAGCGGGCCCAGGCUCUGUGAGGAGGCAAGGAGCUCCAGGAAGCCGGCAGGCCUUGGUCUGAGACAGUGUCCUCAGGUCGCAGAGCAGAGGAGACCCAGGCAGUGUCAGCAGUGAAGGUUCUCGGGACAGGCUAACCAGGAGGACAGGAGCCCCAAGAGGCCCCAGAGCAGCACUGACGAAGACCUGCCUGUGGGUCUCCAUCGCCCAGCUCCUGCCCACGCUCCUGACUGCUGCCCUGACCAGAGUCAUCAUGUCUCUCGCGCAGAGGAGUCCGCACCGCAAGCCUGAUGAAGACCUUGAAGCCCAAGGAGAGGACUUGGGCCUGAUGGGUGCACAGGAACCCACAGGCGAGGAGCAGGAGACUACCUCCUCCUCUGACAGCGAGGAGGAGGAGGUGUCUGCUUCUGGGUCAUCAAGUCCUCCCCAGAGUCCUCAGGGAGGCGCUUCCUCCUCCUUUUCCGUCUACUACACUUUAUGGAGCCAAUUCGAUGAGGGCUCCAGCAGUCAAGAAGAGGAAGAGCCAAGCCCCUCGGUCGACCCAGCUCAGCUGGAGUUCAUGUUCCAAGAAGCACUGAAAUUGAAGGUGGCUGAGUUGGUUCAUUUCCUGCUCCACAAAUAUCGAGUCAAGGAGCCGGUCACAAAGGCGGAAAUGCUGGAGAGCGUCAUCAAAAAUUACAAGCGCUACUUUCCUGUGAUCUUCGGCAAAGCCUCCGAAUUCAUGCAGGUGAUCUUUGGCACUGAUGUGAAGGAGGUGGACCCCGCCGGCCACUCCUACAUCCUUGUCACUGCUCUUGGCCUCUCGUGCGAUAGCAUGCUGGGUGAUGGUCAUAGCAUGCCCAAGGCCGCCCUCCUGAUCAUUAUCCUGGGUGUGAUCCUAACCAAAGACAACUGCGCCCCUGAAGAGGUUAUCUGGGAAGCGUUGAGUGUGAUGGGGGUGUAUGUUGGGAAGGAGCACAUUUUCUAUGGGGAGCCCAGGAAGCUGCUCACCCAAGAUUGGGUGCAGGAAAACUACCUGGAGUACCGGCAGGUGCCCGGCAGUGAUCCUGCGCACUACGAGUUCCUGUGGGGUUCCAAGGCCCACGCUGAAACCAGCUAUGAGAAGGUCAUAAAUUAUUUGGUCAUGCUCAAUGCAAGAGAGCCCAUUUGCUACCCAUCCCUUUAUGAAGAGGUUUUGGGAGAGGAGCAAGAGGGAGUCUGAGCACCAGCCGCAGCCGGGGCCAAAGUUUGUGGGGUCAGGGCCCCAUCCAGCAGCUGCCCUGCCCCAUGUGACAUGAGGCCCAUUCUUCACUCUGUGUUUGAAGAGAGCAAUCAGUGUUCUCAGUGGCAGUGGGUGGAAGUGAGCACACUGUAUGUCAUCUCUGGGUUCCUUGUCUAUUGGGUGAUUUGGAGAUUUAUCCUUGCUCCCUUUUGGAAUUGUUCAAAUGUUCUUUUAAUGGUCAGUUUAAUGAACUUCACCAUCGAAGUUAAUGAAUGACAGUAGUCACACAUAUUGCUGUUUAUGUUAUUUAGGAGUAAGAUUCUUGCUUUUGAGUCACAUGGGGAAAUCCCUGUUAUUUUGUGAAUUGGGACAAGAUAACAUAGCAGAGGAAUUAAUAAUUUUUUUGAAACUUGAACUUAGCAGCAAAAUAGAGCUCAUAAAGAAAUAGUGAAAUGAAAAUGUAGUUAAUUCUUGCCUUAUACCUCUUUCUCUCUCCUGUAAAAUUAAAAUAUAUACAUGUAUACCUGGAUUUGCUUGGCUUCUUUGAGCAUGUAAGAGAAAUAAAAAUUGAAAGAAUAA